UUUCGCUUCACCGAUCGAAAUUUCCAUUUCACAAAUCUCUCAAAAGAUUUCAACUUCGACAAACGGAAGAGCAGCGCGUGUAAUCUGGUUGUUGUUCUAGUUUUGUUUUUGCAACGUUUCGCUUAAAACCCUAGAGUUCUAUCGGGAGGCGAAGGAGGGAGGGAACGAAGAUGUCUUUCGAUCUGAUGCUGAAGCCGACAUGCAGCGGCUGCGGGUCUUCCCAAGAUUUGUACGGCAGCAACUGCAAGCACAUGACCCUGUGCGUCUCUUGUGGCAAAACCAUGGCCGAGAACCAAGGCAAAUGCUUCGAAUGUGGCGCCAUUGUCACACGCUUGAUUCGAGAAUACAAUGUUAGAGCAAGUCCUGCCACCGAGAAGACCUACUUUAUUGGUAGGUUCAUGACUGGGUUGCCCAAUUUUUCAAAGAAGAAAAAUGCUGAGAAUAGAUGGUCUAUGCAAAAAGAUGGAUUACAAGGACGCCAACUUACCGAUGCUAUGCGGGAGAAAUAUAAGAACAAGCCUUGGUUAUUGGAGGAUGAAACAGGUCAGGCUCAGUAUCAAGGUCAACGUGAAGGUUCACAGUCUGCAACUUAUUACCUGCUUAUGAUGCAAGGAAAGGAAUUUGUAGCUAUUCCAGCUGGUUCUUGGUACAAUUUUAACAAGGUUGCACAAUAUAAACAACUUACACUGGAAGAAGCGGAAGAAAAAAUGAAGAACAGGAGGAAGACUGCAGAUGGAUAUGAGAGAUGGAUGAUGAAAGCUGCAAAUAAUGGUGCUGCUGCAUUUGGUGAAGUGGAAAAGAUUGAUGAAAAAGAGAGUACUGCUGGUGGGGGGAAGGGACGCAAAAAGUCUGCUGGUGAGGAGGAGGAAGGCCAUGUAUCAGAUAAAGGAGAAGAGGACGAAGAAGAGGAAGCAGCCAGGAAGAAUAGGCUUGGACUCAACAAAAAAAGUGGUGAUGAUGAUGAAGAAGGUCCAAGGGGAGGUGAUCUUGAUAUGGAUGAUGACGAUAUUGAGAAGGGUGAUGAUUGGGAGCAUGAAGAAAUAUUCACUGAUGAUGAUGAAGCUGUUGGUAAUGAUCCUGAGGAAAGGGAUUUGGCUCCUGAAGUUCCUGCUCCUCCGGAAAUCAAGGAGGAUGAAGAUGAGGAGGAUGAAGAGCAGGAAGGAGGAGGACUGAGUAAGUCUGGGAAAGAGUUGAAGAAACUAUUAGGCAAAGCUAGCGGGCUUAACGAAUCAGAUGCAGAAGAUGAUGAUGACGACGACGACGACGAUGAUGAUGAUGUGGAAGAUACGAACUUUAAUCCUGUACCAGCUCCUAAACAGAAGGAUGCACCUAAAGAAGAAUCUGCUAACAGUCCAGUGAAACCUGCACCUGCAGCUUCUGCUCGGGGAACCCCAGCUGCAUCAAAGUCAUCAAAGGGAAAGAGAAAAGCCAGUGGUGAUGAUACAAAAGGAUCUAAUGGUACCCCUGUGAAGAAGGUUAAAUCAGAACCUGACUCGAAAGCUUCUGUGAAAGAGGAGAAUAGAACUGCUUCCAAAGGCAGUGUUCCUUCCAAAGGUACAUCAUCUUCUGCGAAAGCUGGAUCAACAUCAGCUGCCGGUGGAUCAUCUUCAAAAGCAGGUUCAGCAUCAGCUGCUGGACCUGUAACUGAAGAAGAAAUCAGAGCGGUGUUAUUACAAAAGGCACCUGUAACAACAUCCGAUCUUGUGGCUAAAUUUAAAGCUAGGCUAAAAACUCCGGAGGACAAGAAGGCUUUUGCAGACAUUCUCCGGCGAAUUUCUAAGAUACAAAAGACGAACGGGCCGAAUAACUAUGUCGUGUUGAGAGAAAAGUAAUCGUUCAAUUGCCAUGUUUAAACGUUGUGCCGAAAUAAAUUUUUUCUUAUGCUUUGUACUUCAAUUAAGAGGGAAAAACGUAUCUACCUCUUUCUGGAAUUGGAUUUUUGCAAGUGGCAAAGAUAGCCAGAAACAAGAGGUGAUAAAGAAGGGUAUCUGGUCUAUCGUCUUUGUAAGCAAAGCUUCUUUCUGUGUGAAAUUUAAGUCUGGUACCUGGAGACAUUGUAUACCUACAUGGAUUUUGCUGGAGUUUUCCAUUUUCGAAUGGCUAAACAAUCCUACAC